UUUCUUGUUAAAGUCUAAAUUGAUUUUGAUUUAUCGAUGGAAGAAUCACUGUUAAAAGCAGCAGCCACGAAUGAUUUAAAAUUGCUCAACUUUUGCCUCGAAAACAACAUCUCUAUCAACUCAACAAAUAUGAAUGGAUUGACUGCCCUCCACAUUGCAGCUAAAGAGGGGAAUUUAGAAAUCGUGGAGCAACUUAUCUCCAUGGGAGCAGACAUUAACGCAAAAACCCAGAUGGGGAACACUGCUCUUCACAUUGCUGCUUUGUCAGGCAAAGACCAAGUUGCGGAUUUCCUGAUUGAAAAUAACGCAAAUAUAAAUGCACAGACAAAUAGAGGCUUCACUGCUCUUUACAUGUCAGCCCAGCAGAAUCAUAUUAGCAUUGCAAAGGCUCUACUGUCGGCAGGAGCCAAUCCUUAUUUAUUAGCCGAUGUACUGCCAUCA